AUGACUGAUAUCACGAAUAGCAAGAUAGAAGGAUCUUCUGAUGGAUCCAUUUGCACGCGGGAGGGUUUCACCCCAAAUAUCAUUGGGCUGUAUGGUAUACCUGGCGCUGGUAAAUCUCAUUAUCUUUCCAAGCUAGAGGUGCUCUCUCAGUCAGAAGUAACCCACCCGUUUCAAUUCUUCGAGGGCACUUUAGUGAUCGACUCUCUCAUUCCCGGUGGCCUUCUCGCAUUCAAGGAGUUGCCAGAGGAGCAGAAAGUGAAGUUGCGCGAAAAAGCCAUUUGUUCCAUCAAAGAUGAAUGCACAAUCGGCAGAACUAAUGGGGUAGUGGCGGGGCAUGCCACGUUCUGGGGCGGAAAGGACGAUUCCGAGAUCAUUGUGAUUACACCGAAAGAUCUUGAGAUAUAUUCGCAUAUACUGUACUUGAGAACUGACCCCGAGGUUAUUCAACAACACCGCUUGAGAGACUGGGUGAGAGACCGUGAUAUCGUGCCACUUGAACACCUGGAGAAGUGGCAGAAACAGGAAGAAAACAUGCUGCGCACACUUUGUCGCGUCCAUGGUAUUCAUUUCUGUGCAUCAUCUCGAGGAAACGACAUGGAGUCCGAAGAAAUGUUUGCAGUCAGACUCAUGAGUUUGGUCACCGAUCUCGGCCAUCACAAUGAGCAUGUUAACCAGAGGAACGCGAUUGCCAGGCUAGGAGAGGCUAUGGACAGUGACGCCACUCGCGAUGGUCGAGUCAAGAAAAUGUUGGUAAUGGAUGCGGACAAGACACUGGCUCCGCAGGAUGUUGCCGAUAUGUUCUGGGAAAAAGUCUCUAACCACGGGGCAUCGACAGGGGCAAAAAACCCAUUGAAAAAGUUGUUCGGCGGUCCUGGUGGCUACUCGUACCACUCCUUUCGGCAGGCCACCUUGCUCUACGAAGAAGCCACCAAUGACGAAGUGUUCGAUAGCGUAUGUAACGAGGUAGCCUCGGAGGUGACUAUGUAUCCAGAGUUGGUAUCUUUGUUGCAUCAAGCGGCAGAGCUUGAUCAUGUCGGCGCUGUGGUCGUAACUUGCGGGCUACAACGUGUCUGGGAGAAAGUUCUUGAGAGAGAAGGUCUGGGCGACUACGUGGCAGUUAUUGGCGGUGGACGCAUUUCGGAUGGAUUCGUGGUGACUGCUGAGCUUAAAGCAGACUUGGUUGCUCACAUCCGAGACGCAUACCAGGUAGAAGUCUGCGCAUUUGGAGACAGUCCGCUGGAUUUGCCAAUGUUAAUCCAGGCAGACAGGGCUAUAGUCGUUGUUGGCGAUGAGGACUCUAGGAGCAAAUCAAUGGAAGCUGCCUUGACGGAUGCUAUUAAAACCCAAGGUUUGGUCGCCACCCAGGUCGUGCUGCCAAGUACAGCAACCCCUCGGUUGGAUUCGGUCAAGCUCCCGCUUCUACAGCUCUCACAGGCUGAUAUAGAGGCAAUUCUGUGCGAUUCCGAGUUUCGGCUCAUCCACGGAACCAAUAACAGCGCAACCGCCCUGCUCACAACUCAGACUCGUGAUGCAACUGUUGCCGGCCCGGCUCUCAAGGAAGCUCAUCGCCGUAUUGGGUGGUAUUUAGCUGUCGAGUACAUUGGCAAGGUUAUUGGGCUCGAGAGCUACCAGAUCCCGCACGUUCAGGGCGGACACACGGAGGGUCAUUGCCUGAGAGGCGAGACAAGGACGACAAUUGUGCCUUUGAUGCGCGGAGGAGGACCUAUGGCAGAGGGUAUCAACGAAGCUUUUCCUCUCGCAAUGUUGGUGCAUGCGAGCCAGCCUGAGGACCUCAAACUCCAUCACGUAGAGCAGCAAGAUAGCAUCAUCCUCGUCGACUCGGUCAUCAACACCGGAAAAUCGAUUCUGGAAUUCAUAGAGCAUGUCCGCAAGUUACAUGCCACUGUCCGCAUCGUUGUCGCUGCCAAUGUUGUUCAAGACAAGUUCAUCUCUGGAGAAACUGCGGCGAAUCUAGCCAUCCAUGGGAAUAUCAGUCUUGUCGCUCUCCGCCUGUCUAAAAACCAGUUUACAGGCAGUGGCGAGGCCGAUACGGGUAACCGCUUGUUCAAUACCACUCAUCUGGCAUAA